GUUUAACCAAACGGCGGCGCCGCGUUGCUCGUCUCAAAAUUGUGAUUGUGUGCCAAAACGAAAAUCCAAACAGCUCUACAUAAAAUGUCCAGUUAAACGUUAAUUGUGUGUCAAAGUGCGUGUACAAGUUCGUGUGAAAAGUUUGCGUUCAAAGACCAUGCAAGUUCAUCAAAAUGCCACUCCUAAAUACUGUAUUUCGAAGUAAAAACAAUCCACAAGAAUCAUCAACACAACACCAGCCAAAUGGCGGCCAAUGUCUGCUCAAGAGAGUCGACAAUCUGCCCAUCAUUGCGGAACAGGACGCAGAUGACUAUGUCCAGAGUUUCGGGAAUGGAACUCUAUUGAAUAGCACCCUGAGAACCGAAGAUGAAUCACUUAUCGCCAGCAAAACCUGCUCUGCCCUGCAGCCCGAUGAACCCCUCAAUGCCACAAUCUCGACGAAGCCUUCGAAUUCCAGCAAAAAUUUCGAUAACACCUAUAAACUGCUGGGCAAACAUCUGGAGACAAAUUGCCAGCGUACGGUGGAGAAGCUGCAGGAAAUAAGCGGAGGCUCAGAAUUUGACAGCAUCUCCAGCUCCUGCUCUUCCAUGUCGGCGAUUGUCAAUGGACUGGACCCGCCGCCCACGCGACUGGAACUCGAACUGGAGGCAGUCGAUCGCAUGCGUUGCAUUGUGAGGCAAAUGAAGUCCGGGCCAAAGACCACAGAUUACACGAUCUGCGUGUCUGUGCGUUUGCUGGCCCUGCUUCAUGAUUUUGCCGCGAAGGGGGAGAGCAAGAGCAGUAUUCCGGGGACACCAGCACAGAGUCCCAUCACGGGUCCCGUGGAGGCGCCUCUGUUUGAGCUGCCGCCGGAGCUGCUGCAGGCGGCCAGCUCCUGGGUGCUCAUGUACUAUGCCUCCAAGAAUGUCGAUGGCAAAAACUGUCUCAAAGUUGUGCGCAGCCUGUUGACAAAUAAAGUUCUAUGCGGUAACCGUGUUAGCCAGAUGACGCGGGCAUACGAUGACAUUGAAGCCGUGACGCGUCUGCUGGAAGAGAAGGAGAAGGAUCUCGAGCUGACGGUUCAGAUUGGCAAGGAGCUGCUCACACAGAAUAAUGCACUGGAGGCGCGUGUCACCGAUCUGGAGGCUGAUCUCAAAUCAUCCAACGAUGAUCGCUCCCAACUGCUGCACGAGCUGCACAAGAAAAACGAACUGAUUUCGGUGCUGACCAACGACGCAGAUGAUGGUACAGAUACGGAAACCCCCACCAUGUCCAAGUCCAUUACGUUGGACCUCCUCCAGCGAAAGGUGAACAGUCUGCUUGACGAGAACAAAUCCCUCAAGUGCGAGGCCACACAGCUGGCCCAUCAGACCGACGAAGUGGAGGAGCACGAACGCCAGCUGAUGGCCGACAUCGGGGCGCAGCUGCACGACGCCAACUCGCAGUACGACAACCUCAGUCUCGAGUGCGAGAGGCAGCGCGAGGAGAAUCGCCUGCAGCAUGAGCAGAUUGUGAGUCUGACGGCCCGUCUGGCCGAGGCCGAGAUGCGGCUGCAUCAGCUGACGCAGGACAACGACGAGCAUCUGUCGCUGCUGCACGUGACGAAGGAGAACCAGAAUGCCCUCGCCCUGGAGCUGGUGGAGUUCAAGCAGCGCUACGAGGAGGUACUGGCCCUACUGCACUCGGCCCAGGACCAGCUGAAGCAGCAGCGCAAGCGAUCCCAGCCGCAGGCGAGGAGCUCGUUCCUGGGUGGAAUGGGAACGAGUGGAGCGGGCGGUGGCAUGCUGAUGCCGGAUUCCCUGAAAAGCGAGCUGAUGAAUUCGUCGCUGUAUUCGGAGAACAGUCUGGACUCGGGCAUCUCCGGGGAUAGCCAGCGGACGGAUCGCAUAAGCCGCAUGAUGAUGCAUAUGCCCGGCGGCAUGGGUUCGUCCGGUGUCGGUGGUGGCAGUAUUUAUGCCGGUUCGGGUGUGGUGCCGCCCUACAAACGCGUCUUUGACACGGUCCGGUGUGCCGGCAAGAGCGGCAACUACAUGGACAGCGGCAAUGUGUCGAUGACCACCCUGGGCGCCAUGUCAAUGAGCAGCUCCUCCGGUCCGCGCAUGGCCUCCAUGGCGUAUCCAGCGGGCUCGUACUAUCGCGGCGGUGGCAAUCAGUCGUUGGGCGUUAAAACUCUCAGCAACGAGAGCCUCAACUCCCAGUCCGAUGACGGUUAUCCAGCCCAGCCCUCUGGUGUGCCAGGAGCCCCCGGCGCCAGGGAACUGGAGGCGGCCCUCAAGCGUCUGACGCCCGGUGAGGUUCUGGCUAGACGCGCCAUGCUCUCCUACGCUCCGAUCGGCACCUACAACUACGAUGAGCCCACGAUGCAUGGCGGGGCGGGUGCCUCGAAUUCGAACCUACCGCUGGGCGUUCGCACUCCCGAUAGCAUCAUGUCGACGGGAUCGUCACGAAUGAGUGCCUCCUCCAACAAUAUGUCCGCCUCCAUGACGCAUCAGUGGCGUCUUCCAGAGAAACUGCAGAUCAUUAAACCGAUGGAGGGCUCCCAAACCCUGCAUCAUUGGUCGCGCCUGGCCACGCCCACGCUCAGUGGCCUGCUGGACGAACGUCCGGGUGUCACCAUUCGUGGAGGGCGGGACCUGGAAGAUCUGGGCAUGCAGAUCUACACGCUGUCCGACGUCGAGGAGGAUGUCAGCGAGGAGCUGCCGGGCAAGCAGUUUGAAGCGGCCGGUUCCACGUUCACGUACACGACGAGCGUGGUUAUGCAUCCGGAUGAUGGUUUCGUUAACGACCUGUCGUUCUUGUCGCAAUCGCAGAUGUCCUCGCGCAUGGCCUCCACAUCGACAUCAAGACAGCCAAGUUGUCCCGCCACACCCCGUGCUGGACUCUCGCGCAAGAACUCCUGCUCCACGUUCUCGGUGAACCUCGGUCUGGCCGGAAUGCUCAACGAGCGGGGCAUCAAGGCAGUGACGCCCAGCGCCUUGAAUACGCCCGCCGGUCCCAACUUCUCGCCCACAGUGACGCCCUGCAACAGUCCGGAGGGUUCGCCACCGCGCUGCCAGUCCCCCGAGCCACUCUUCGGCCUGCUUUCGUCGGGAGCGGAUCUGAUACGCCGCAAGAUUGUGGGGGAUCAGCCGCAGCAGCACAGGAGCAGCCUCAGCAAGCAGCAGCAGCAGAAGAUCAUGCUGUCGCAUCUGGAGAGGCGCGCCCUUAGAUCACUGAAUCUGAUCGAGAAGGUGGAGAGCAUUGGACUGGAGAACAUAAUCAGCGCACAGCGUGGACUCGGAGCGGGCAUUGCGAAUCGCAGCAGCUCGCCGAUGAGCAGCGGCAGCCUCCAGAGUCUCCACACGAGCAGCAAUAGCAUCGUGGAUGAUAUACACUUCGAUCGGGCGCAGAUUAAGGGUGUCCUGCAUCGUGGAUUAAAGUCACCCACUCCCACAUCAUCAGCAGCAGCAGCGAUAGCUGCAACGACGGCGAGCAGCAGCACCAGCGCCUACAACAGCGAUGACAGCGACGAUCAGGGUCUGAUGAUGAAGAUUAGGCCCAAGGACACAUCGACAACAACGAAAGCGGCUGCGGCUGCGCAACAGACGGACGGAGCGAGUUGCUCGACGGGAGGAACAGCACCCUCCACCAGCACAUCCAGCGAGACGCGAGUGAAGCAAAUGCAGCGCCAGAAGUCGCGCCGACAGCUGAAGAACGGCAUGGCCAACCAGAGGCCCGAUCUGGGCACCAUUGGUGGCGGCGGUGGAGGCAGAGUGCGUCCCGAUUUGGGCAGAGUGGCAGACAGCAGCGGCGCCAGCAAGACGUCCGCGUCGAGGGUGGCGGCCAGAAGGGAAGCGGCGGCGGCCAGGGCAGAGGAGGAGGAGGCAGCACCGCAGACCAUUACACAGGCGUUUGUCGGUUCAGUUAGUUCCUUGCUGUUUGGCCGCAAGGGCGGGUGGCUGUAGAACGAAUACGAUUAUCAGAUGAUUGUCCUCUACCUUUUAGUUUUAAACUUGCUCUGGACUAUAGUGUUUACUUUUACGAAACGAAAGCGCGAGUUUAGCAUUAGUUUUUUUUUGUUAAAGCACAACGCGAAAACGAUCUUUUGUUGGAGUCUGAGAACCGAUUGUUCUCAAGUAGCAGCAGUGCCCUCCCCCAAUGCCUGUCAUCGCCACCUAAUGAAACACUGGAGCAAGAAGAAGGAGAUAAGGAUUUAGUGUUUGUAGCUGUGAUUUGUAUAUACAUAUAUAAGAUGAGAAUGUGUUUAAAUUUAGUAGUUAUUAAUCAAGUACUUCGCAUAUUAUUACGAUGAUGUUGUUUUGCUUCAAUUUACAAACAAACCAAACGAUGGCCAGUUGUUUUUCGUCUAAAACCGAUUUCCAAAGCAGCUAUAUAUAUUUUUUAUUUUUACUUGAACUUUUGCCAAUUUUGUAUUUAUUUUCCCCUGCGUUUACCACCUAACCGGAACGAGAGCAUAAUUAUAUCAUACAUUUAGUUAUUUAAUGAAUGGUUUAAUGCGGAUAUGGAUGUAUUUCGUAUGGUGCAAAACUUGUAUAUAAGAAAAGAACGAAAGGAAGGUGAUGCAAAUGGAAAAGAGAGAGAUCAAAUUAAAUCAAAUCAAUCUGUAUGUUGGAAAUGUGGUGUUAAGCAAAGAGGUACAUAUAUUUUUUUACACGCAUAUGUAGUUUACGUUUUUGCUUUUCCCCCUCCACCACACAACCAAAAAACCUUAUAUAUAUCACAAAAACCUAUCGCUUUGAAUCGUGUACUCUAUAUAUACUUUCGGUGCUUUGCGCACUGCCAUACGCAAACAAAAUACACAAAUUGAAGAACUGUAAUGAGAAACUAUUAUUUUUCUAGUCCUAUCACCUGUCAUGGGUCCCUGGCACUCGUUUGGCUAUGCGGAAUGUAUACAAAAAAAGCAUAGCUUGCAAAAACAGAGUGCGAAAUACUCAGCGUUGCUUAAUAGAUUUGUUAAGGCAGAAGUUUAAUGGAUUAGCAGCAUGGCGCACUCACUAACUGUCGGUUAUCCUAGAACACACACACACAUGUUAUCGAGACACACACACGAACAGUUACCGACUGUACCUCAAAAACGGAAAUGACUAUGAUCCUUAAUUUGAGCUGCAAAAGUAUUGAUUUAAAUCAAGAACUAUUAUACAUUUGAUUUCUGAAAAUUGUACGCGGGUUGAUGUUAAAUUGUAAUACGAAAAAGAGUCGUCUCGGUCGGGAGUGUGUGCUCCAACAGAUAAAACGGAAAUACUAUUAAAACAAAACAAAAAACCGAAUGCAAAACAGAAAAUGUAAAAGUUAUUAGUUGUAACUACCAAUAUAUUUAUUUAUAUAUGCAAAAAUAAAGAGAAACAUCGUUAAACACAGAAUCAA